AUGGAAGAAUCGCUAGAAGAAGAUCGAUGUGGGGAUGAGGAAGCCGCCGCGCCUCCUCAAAGGCGACCUCGGACUUACAUCCAUCGUAACCGGGAGGAAGCCACCGCAAGGUUGGAACGUGAUUACUUCAGUCGGAACCCGGUAUGGGGAGAUAUCUACUUCCGUCUUCGUUUCCGUAUGUCACACGCGCUAUUUUUGCAUAUCGCGAAUACAUUGGCGGCACGGGAAAAGUACUUCAGAGAAGGGUUCGACGCUAUUGGCCGUCCUAGCCACACGACGCUCCAGAAAUGUACUGCAGCGAUCCGUCAUAUUGCUACUGGACAAACGGCGGAUUCGUUCGACGAAUACCUGCACGUCGGAGAAUUCAAUAGGAGACUUUGUUUGCUGAAAUUCUGCAAAGGCGUUCGGGCAGCCUUCACCGAUGAAUUUCUGAAGAAGCCAACCACCGCAGAUUGUAAGUUUCUGCUCCAACUUCACGAACAAGCACACGGAUUCCACAGGAUGCUCGGGAGAGUCGAUUGCAUGCAUUGGCAAUUGAAGAAUUGCCCUGUGGCGUGA